GCUGGCGCAGCAGUUGGUGUAUGUACCUAAAGACCCGAGGAAAGAUAUUAGCAAUGCUUCACCAAACAACAUCAACAAGUGACGAUGCUAUGAGGUCGGCCAAGGACCAUAGCGAAAUUAUAGAUCUUUCUAAGGAAGACACAUUUUACUUCUAUGAACCAGAAAUUCCAGAGGAUAUGACUACUAUGUUCAAAAAAAGCCGAAUGUAUAGAGGAAUUUACUGGCCGUGCUUUACCAACAGUUUUCACUGUAAACAUUUAGAAAUGGCUUAUUUAAGGUAUUCCCAUCGCCAAAGACAGAAGUCACUCAUCAUUGUCAACAUAGUCGACUUGCUUUUAAAGGUAGCAUUAAUUGCUGUAUGGAUAUCAGAACGCGCUAAGUAUAACACAAUUCCCUUCACCGAGUGGACGCAUACAGAUUCAAUUAUUUGGUCAAUGUGUUCGAUGUCCGCAAAUAUUGCUGUUUGUUUAUUAGGUUGGUGGAAAUGCUUUGCCAACAAUUAUCUUCAUUGGGCUGCGGUUGGAACAUGGCUUUUACUAAAUAUACAAGGAUUUAUCGGCAAAGGCUUGGGAUUUACGAAUAAGGAGAAUUUGGUGUGGUAUACCCUUUUUAUAAUCUUCGUACCAUACGCCAUUCUACCUCUUCCUUUACGAUGGUGUUUGGCAGCAUGUUCAAUUUCUUCUGUGCUACGUCUACUUAUUUCAUCAAUUUAUGUGUCCCUCUCUAAUAAUUCGGAAUAUGCAGACCUAAAUUGUAAUAUAAGGAAAGGAGUAGCUAAUGGAGUUCUCUACGUAGCAGUAAACUUCGCUGGAAUGUAUACAAAAUAUUUAACUGAUCGUAGUCAAAGAAAGGCAUUUCUUGAAACACACCGCUCAAUGAAAACGCGAUAUCAAACCCAAUAUGAAAAUGAAAAACAAGAGAAACUUCUUUUGUCAGUUCUGCCUAACUUUGUGGCGAGAGAAAUGAUUCGUGACAUUGCAAAGGAGGAAGAAAGAAGAGGUACUUUCGAACCGCAUCAAUUUCAUAAGAUAUACAUUCACAGAUACGAAAAUGUUAGCAUUUUGUUUGCCGAUAUAAGGGGAUUUACAGAAUUAGCCAGCAAAUGUUCAGCCCAAGAAUUGGUUAAGAUUUUAAAUGAGUUAUUUGCACGUUUUGACAAAUUAGCUUCUGAAAACAGUUGCUUGCGAAUUAAAUUACUUGGUGACUGUUACUAUUGUGUAUCUGGACUUCCUAUACCCCGUUCUGAUCACGCUCAUUGCUGCGUGGAAAUGGGUCUUCAUAUGAUAAAAGCUAUACGAGACGCACGACACAAAACAAAGGUCGAAGAUUUAAACAUGAGGAUUGGAAUACAUUCUGGAUCAGUUUUAUGUGGUGUCUUGGGAUUAAGGAAGUGGCAGUUCGAUAUAUGGUCUUACGAUGUUAGAGUUGCAAACCAUAUGGAAGCAGCUGGAAAGCCAGGGUAUAUUCAUAUUUCGGAGGCCACGUUGAAAUGUUUGAAUGGUGUAUAUGAGGUGGAAGCUAGAGAUGAUCAAGAUAGAGAUGAUUAUCUGAAAGAGCAAAACAUCAAAACAUUCCUUAUUAAGCACGUGGAACCGUUAAAACAUAAGAGAAGGUGCCCUUCCAGACCCAGCAUAUUUUCCAAUAAAAUUUGGUCAGAUGAUGAAGUAUCCCCACGUAGUCAACCACCCUCAGAAAAUUUAACUACUGUUUCUCGAUCUUCCUCACCUGUAGCCCAUAGUGACAGCGGAAUACAUCAAAGUACAAUUGAAGAAGAAGGAACUCCCACGGAAUGGACUCCCGAAAUACCUUUCGAGAAU